CUUUUCAUCCUCCAACCGAAAACCAAACCGGUCCAAGCUUUUACUCAAAUAUCUUACAAAUUUCACAACAAAAUAUUAUUAUUUUUUUCUUACUAGAAACAUGAUGGCAAAUAAUGGGUUCGAUUCUGAUUUCGCGCUUCUUGAGUCUAUUCGCCGGCAUUUGCUAGACGAUUCAUCCGCCAUAAACUCCGGCGACGGUCUCCCGCCGAUGUCUUGCCGGAACAAUAUCUUGUUUCCUUGCUUUUCAGACACAUGGGGUGAAUUGCCCUUGAAACAGAACGAUUCCGAUGACAUGUUAAUCGCUCGGUUUCUUCACGAAUCUUUGGAUUUCGACUGCCACCCGUCGCCGCCGGCGACCUCGUCGGAAAAUGUUACAACUGUUAAAUCAGAGGCGGACAGUUUUGUGAGUUCGCCGGAAAAUUUUGUCGGUUCGCCGGAGAUUUCGAGUUUUCCGGCAAAAUCGCCGCCGCGUACGGCGGGGCAGGAGAAAGGGAAGCAUUAUAGGGGUGUGCGGCGUCGGCCGUGGGGUAAGUUUGCGGCGGAGAUACGGGAUCCGGCGAAGAAUGGUGCACGGGUGUGGUUGGGGACGUUUGAGACGGCAGAGGAUGCGGCGGUGGCGUAUGAUAGGGCGGCGUAUCGGAUGCGAGGUUCGCGUGCUUUGUUGAAUUUUCCAUUGCGAAUUAAUUCCGGUGAGCCGGAGCCGGUGAGGGUAAUGUCGAAACGUAAGUCGACGUCGCCGGCGAGUUCGUCGGAGGAUAGGUCGCCGAAGAGGAGAAUAGUGGAUAGACAAUGACUAUUACAUUACAUUGUGUCACAUUUUUUAAUUUUUUUUAUUUUAUUGUGUGUAAUGGAUGUUUCUUGUGCAUAAAUGACAGAUUUUCUUUUU